AUGUCGACGAACCAGGAACGUAUCAAUCAGGUCUCGGAGCAGCUCACAACUGCUAUGGAACAGGCUAAAGGUGCUGUAGCCGAGGCAGCAACCAAGGUCAGUGAUUUCUUUCAGGGAAAUCCCUUCGAAACAGAGGUCGGGAAGAAGAUCGGUAAGUUAUUUUCUGUUUCAUUGUUGACUUUUAGAUGUCAUCCCUGGAUAAUAUUCACCUUAUACUUUUAGAAUUGGCCACAGAUGCUGACCGCCUUCAGACUGAGAAUUGGGGACUGAACAUGGAGAUCUGCGAUUACAUCAACUACACCAUUGAUGGAGGAAGGAAUGCCCUUCGGGCCGUUAAGAGAAGAUUGGAAACACAGAUGGGAAAACAUAAUGGGAUUGUGAUGUACACAUUGACAAUCCUGGAAACUUGUGUUAAGAAUUGUGACCAAAGAUUCAAAGCGCUUGUUUGUCAAAAAGAAUUCAUAAAUGAGUUGGUCAGGAUGAUCGGAGCGAAGUAUGAUGCCCCUCAGGCAGUUCAAGAGAGGGUUCUAGAGCUUAUUCAGGUAUGUCAUCACCCUUAAGUGGAUAAUUCGGUGAUGUAAGGCUUGAAAUAACGAAAGAAAUCUAUUUUAGUCUUGGGCGGAUGCUUUCCGUGGAAACCCAGCUCUGGUUGGAGUCUGUGAAGUUUACGACGAACUCAGAGCCAAGGGAGUCGAGUUUCCGGCCACGGACUUUGAUAAAAUGGCUCCCAUAAUCACACCGAAGAGGGUAAGUUACUGUAAUUUAAAGCAUGCGCUUAUUGAUUGCUUUUCCUUUUUGGUUUUUAUCGUGUUGGUGAUAGUAGAUGUCGUAUUGUAGACCGUUUUCACUGAGCCAGUAGCUCCACCCGCUGCACAAGCGACCCAAAAUCAAACGACCCCCUUGCAAGCCACUCUCCAGACAUUUCCAGUUCCAGUAGCCGGGGCUACGGGAAAUUUUAUUUCUGCACAGAGAAUCGUAUGUUCUGUUUUCUCAGUUGUGUAUUUUGUUUGUAGUUGUGUGUAAAAAAGAGGGCAAUGUCAAUUUAAAUUUUAGACAACCGCUCCUUUGCCCGGUCAACCUCAAACCGGAGACACAGCAGCUGUCCAGGAUCCGUUGACUAAGCUUAGGGCUGAUGUUGAUAUUGUUACAGUCAAUAUCACCGUACUUCGAGAUCUUUUGAGUGAUCUUACCCCCGGGGAGGAAAUUCCUGAAGAACUCCAACUGAUUGAGGAUCUGCAUAAGACUCUCCAGAGUAUGCAACACCGAAUCGUGGAUCUCAUCAACUCCGAAUACAGCGAUGACGUGACUUGUAAGUUAUCUCUCUAUUUAAGGACGGUUAACUUUUCCAUUUCAGACGAGCUGAUUACUGUAAACCAAGAGAUCAACAACUGCUUCGAGAAGUACAAGAGGUAUAUGGCCAAGAGAAAUGGAGAAAACCCAUCGGAAACACCUGAAUUGGAGGAUGCAAAACAACUUCGAGAACAAUUGGAGUCAUUCGGAGUUUAUGAAGGAGUGGGAACCUCAAAGGACACUGAUCCGUAAGCGCAAUAUUUCAAAAUCACCGAUUAUAAAUAAUUAUAGAAACCGAAAAUCCGUUGAGAAACAGGCCCCGCAAGAUGAACCUCAACUUGAAUCUCUUCGAACUGUAGCCAUGGAAAAGCCCAUGUUAAGUGAUGAUCAGGCCAAGGAAGUGGCCGAAUGGCUAGGCCAAGGACCAUCUCCCAAGCAACCUGAAAAGAAACAAAAACCAGACGACGGCCUCUAA